AGACAUUUGAAAAAAUUUAAAGAAAAUAAAGAUGCUCAAGAUAAAAAAAUAAAAGGUCAGAGUAUUAUGAUAGUGUUACUAAAGGUAAUACAGAUGCGAAAAAUAAUUUUAUAGAAAUGAAUAAAUUAAAAAACCAAAAUUGAUCCAAAUAUAUUUAUAGAUAAAUAUUAGAGAUACAUGAGGAAAAAGGGGGAAAAAAUGAAGGAGAUUAAUCGAAAUUAGAAAGAAAGUUUAAAAUAAAGAGUGGGACAAACAAACAAAAAGAAUUGUCAUUCAUCGUCUUAGAUCAAAGUCAUAAAUAAAGCUAGUUUAAAAAGAUAACCGAAGGUCUUAAAAGAAAGACAAUAAAAAAAAAUUAUCUGAAGGAAAGAAAAAAGUUAAUAAAGAAAAUUUAAUUAGAGAUAUUCAAGAAAAAACUGAUAGUGUUAAAAGAAAUAGAAGAAAAAUGAAUAUCAUAGGUCCUGACCAAAUAUCCGAAACAAAUGCUGUACACACUCGAAAUACUCCAGGAUUUAUAAGUACUGACAUACAAAGCGAUGGUCAGCAAUCGCCAGGUUCAAAGAAGAAAAGCUACAAAAUUUCAAAAUUAAAGAAUCCAGAUUCUGAUAUUCGUUUUGAUCAGAUUCACGAAAAAAAUAUUUGCAGAAAAAUUUUGUGGGCACUCAUUUUUGUAAUUGGAAGUACUGUAGCCUUUUACCGCGGCAUUCAGUUCACGAUGCAGUAUUUGAGUUAUCCUGUGAUGGUUAACUUGCAGAUGGAAUACGGAGGAAGCUUUCCAGCCGUUACCGUAUGCAAUCUUAACAGAAUACGGGGACAGUAUUACAAAUGCUUCAAAAAGAAUACACCGAUUGAAAAGUGCCGGCGUUGGGGUAAAGGUUUCUUGAAUGAACCGCAACACCUUACCCUAUCUGAAAGACGACUGUUGCUUUCGUGCAAUUUAUUCAACAAAACUGUUCUCAGUGAAGAGGAAAAGGAAACAUUCUUCAUUCUGCCACCUUUUCAACAAUCAGAAGAAGAUUUAAAAGCGAACUCUGAAAGAAAAGGAAUGAUCGAACUGAAAGAGUUCUUGGACAUCUAUCUAAAAGCGGGGGAGAGAAAGCGUCAAAAUUACAGCAAUCAGGCACAAGACACGGUGAGAUGGUGUUCAUUCAACGGGGAAGUAUGUUCUUGGAAAAAUUUUACUUUAACUCGAAGCUUCCGGCAUGGAAAUUGUUUUACUUUUAAAAGGAACAAAUCUCAAACUAGUGCAUAUUUGUUCGAGACAAGAGGAUUAGAAUUAAUUCUCGAUUUAAGCAUUGAGAAUUACAUGCCCUACGUAACUCCAAGUAAGGGGUUCAAAAUCGUAGUCCACGAUCCAACUGAAAAUCCUAACGUGGAAGAACAUGGAUUUUAUGUUUUUCCAGGUACAGAGACAGACAUUACUCUCGUUAAAAACCAGUUCAACAGAUUGCCAACCCCGUAUCAAGAUGAAUGCAAAAAUUACGGAUCAGGUACCACCCAUGUCGACGAAUGCAUUCGACUGUGCAUUCAGCAGCAAAGCUUCGACAAAUGCGGUUGUGUAGAUCCAACCAUUUUCGAAAAGCGGCAUGGGCAACACUUCUGCGAUGUUACCAACGCAACGAAUUCCUGCUGUUUAGAUGAUGCGAUUGACUCCAUGCUUGAAGAGAAAACCAGUACUUGCGACUGUCCUUUUCCUUGCAAGACAACUUCUUUUACCGAGCAAAUUUCUAAAGCUGAUUGGCCAUCGGUGGAAUAUUUUAAAAAGCAUUUACUCGAUAAGUUAGAUUUAAGUUUUGAUUUGAGAAAACUGGCUCGUUUCAAGGAAGGGUUUUUGAUGCUUCGAGUUCAUCAGGAAUUUUCAGGAAGCCACGUGUUUCAACAAGAACCGAUGCAUCAAAGUACGGAGGUGUUAAGCAAUUUUGGCAACGAUAUAGGAUUGUUCCUUGGUUUAUCACUCGCAGUUAUCUUUGAGGUGGUUGAAUUAAUACUACGAUUUGCUAAACAGUUUUUGAUGAAAGUUAAAAUAUUGGAUAGCUGCAAAUUGCCAGACUUUCAUUAA